GGCAGGCUCCAGUCGCUGAGCUGUCAGGUAUGGCCCACCUGUGACAUUUUCCCUGAGGUAGUUACACAGGUUGUGACGAGGAAAGAACAGGUUGGUUGACUCCUGGGCUGAUUUAAAGCAGGUAUUGUGUGAUUAGAGAAGUGUGGCUUUGGAGUCAGAUCUGAGCCCUGCUCACAGCUUCCUUAAAUCGUUGGACAAAUCCGUUUGCCUCGGAGCCUGUUUUCUCAUCUGUAAACUAGAUUUUCUUCUCGCUUUUUUUCCCCUUCACUCGAAUGAAUGCAAGGUCACUGAAGGCAGGAAUCACGUGUGCCUCGUUUUCUUCUUGAAUCCCCAGGAUCGAGUCCAUAGGCGAUCCUCAAAAUUAUGAAUGAAUGAGUGGAAGUAUCGUUACCUGGGAGAGACCCGACCAGCACUACCUUAUCCAGGUGAUGAAGCGGCCCCAGCGCCCAAAGCAGGCAAGGGCCGUGCCCCUCACAAAGAUGGCGGCCGCCGGCGUCGGAGGAGGUCCGCCCGCUACAAAGAUAGCGACCCCGGCGGGAGGGACCGGAAGUGCAGUCUGGCGGUAGCGCCGGUCUGCGGUAGGCGUGAGAACGCGCGGGACGGCGCGGGUCCGGGCAUGAAGCUGGGCCGGGCCGCACUGGGCCUGGUGCUGCUGGCGCCGUUGGCGGUGCGGGCGGUGGAGCCCAUCAGCCUGGGACUGGCCCUGGCCGGCGUCCUCACCGGCUACAUCUCCUACCCGCGCCUCUACUGCCUGUUCGCCGAGUGCUGCAGCCAGAAGCAGAGCCUCAGCCGGGACGCGCUGCAGAAGGAUCUGGACAGCAAGCUCUUUGGACAGCAUCUUGCAAAGAAAGUCAUCUUAAAUGCUGUGUCUGGCUUCAUAAGCAACCCGAAGCCCAAGAAACCUCUAACCCUCUCCCUACACGGGUGGACGGGCACCGGCAAAAAUUUUGUCAGCAAGAUCAUCGCAGAGAAUAUUUACGAGGGUGGUCUGAACAGUGACUACGUCCACCUGUUUGUGGCCACACUGCACUUCCCUCACAUCUCCGACAUCACCCUGUAUAAGGAUCAGUUACAGUCGUGGAUUCGCGGCAACGUGAGUGCCUGUGCGAGGUCCGUCUUCAUAUUUGAUGAGAUGGACAAGAUGCAUGCUGGCCUCAUAGAUGCCAUCAAGCCUUACCUAGACUAUUAUGACAACUUGGAUGGGGUCUCCUAUCAGAAAGCCAUCUUCAUAUUUCUCAGCAAUGCUGGAGCAGAAAGGAUCACAGACGUGGCUUUAGAUUUCUGGAGAAGUGGAAAGCAGAGGGAAGAGAUCAAGCUCAGAGAUAUGGAGCAUGCCUUGUCUGUGUCGGCCUUCAAUAACAAGAACAGUGGCUUCUGGCACAGCAGCUUAAUUGACCGAAAUCUCAUUGAUUAUUUUGUUCCCUUCCUCCCCCUGGAAUAUAAACACCUAAAAAUGUGCAUCCGGGUCGAAAUGCAGACCCGAGGCUACGAAGUUGAUGAGGACAUUGUAAGCAGAGUGGCCGAGGAGAUGACAUUUUUCCCCAAAGAGGAGAGAGUUUUCUCUGACAAAGGCUGCAAAACUGUGUUCACCAAGUUAGAUUAUUACUACGAUGACUGACGGCACCAGAGAUGUCGCUUCCCGCAUCCCCGCUCUGGUCCCGGAAGAGGAGUAAAAUGAAUUAUUCCGGUGUGACAGGACAGGCGUUUUCCUGGGCGUUAUUUUCAUCGGGCAGGGCCUGCGGGCCGUCGGUGACGCAUGACAGGUGGAAACAGCCCCAGAGCCUGCAGAAGCGGGAGCAGCCAGCCCCCAGGCCACCUGUGCCAGGCCUCAUGGUUUUGUAAAAAUCAUGUUUUAAUUUCAGGUGUUUCUGUUUCAAGGAAGGAUGAAUCAGUUUUACUGAAAAUGUGAUAAUUUUAUUUAAAAUGGUUUUUAACAUUAUGAAGAAACUUUUCAGACUCUUAAGUUGUUGGCUUUGUGUGUGUUUUUAAGUUCCUGUCAUUACAACAUACACUGUGAUGUCUUUACUUCUAAAAAGCCUGAGUCCUCAGCCUGUCUUCUGUAGGAUGGUGUCACUGUACUGGGGACGGAGGCUCUAGCAGCGAGCCGAUCUGUCCCAGGAUGACCAUCGCAAGGGCAGUAAGUGUUUAUAGAAGGACAAGUGUGUAAGGGGACACACUCAGGCCCAUCACAGACAAGACCUAAAUGUCCUCCCCAAGAAUUUUCAUCACAGUAGCAUUGUGAACUGUGGGAAUGAUCUUAGUAACGUUGUGAACAAUUUGUUAGAAACAGAAUUUCCUCGAAAGAAAAGCAUCUGCAGCUUGUCACUGGCCGGUCAGUCAGCUUUGCAAAGGCCCUUCUCUGCUUUCCAUUCCUAAAUGAGCCACACGCUCUGUACCAGGUUUUGCCAUAUUUUCUUAAAACCUUCCUCACUGAUUACUAAUUUUCAUUGUUUUAUCAGAACUCCCCAAACCUCUAGGAAAGCUCAGCUGCCCCCCAGGAUGCUGAGAACAGUGUUUUUAUUUAUUAAUACAAACAGCUACCAUUUUACAAUAAAAUUGUGUAUGAUUUGUGAA